AUGAGCCUCGGCGGUGCCUGGGAAGUCAAGGCAGACCUCCGCCUAGCUGUAUCGGAGCUAGCCGACCAGCUGUCUGGACAGCCGAGAGGCGCAGAAGGCGCUCAGGGAGGCUCGAGCCUCUUCAGCCGCUGGUUGUCGACUGGGCAGAAAGCGAAGAGAGACAGAAACUGGCGAAGACACCCGCUUUUUCGUGCCCUCGACGAACUUGCUUCCGACACGGCUCUCUCUCUGACACUCAAUGUCAAUCGAGAAGGUCAUCUAGCAGCCGGUCGCGGCUCGGCAGGCCAGAUCUUCAAAAGCAACCCUUUCCCGCCUGCAGUUUGGCAGCUGAAAAGACAACCCUUUUCAGCGUUGUCAGUGGAAAUUGAAGUUCCCUUUCCGCCAAACGACCCCGAGUUCAUUCUCGUCUUUGUUGCCCCAGUGGAGCCGGGACACUUCCUCCCAUCUUCUGUCCGCGUGAACCGUGGCCGACUCUUUGUCGCCGUUUCGCCUUUCCUUCCCUGGCAAAAAAUCGAAAUCGGAACGUUUUCCAUGCACCCGAAAACACUCAAAGCCAUCGUAGACCCAGCACUCCUCUAA